GAAGAUAGUGGAUUUAUGUUCUUUAUGAAAUUAAACUCAGUCUCAUUAUUCAUGCAUUCAUAUUCACUAAAUUUUAUGUGCCUGGCAGCGACCAUUGGCAUAAGUUUGGGCCAAUUCUGGUCUGGUGGACAUGUUUGCAAUAAUCCGCAAAGGGUUACAUAUACUCAAAGGGUUCUCAAGACGAAAUUAGUACCUUAUCCACAGUAUUCCUAUUUCAGAGGUUGGGAAACAAAGUAUAGGCAGGAACCUAGAUGGGAAGACCAGGUUGCCCACAGAUAUGAGCCCAAAUACAGUUGCUGUGAAGGGUACGAAGGUUCGAUAUACGAUUGCAAGCCCGUCUGCAAGAACAAAUGUCCUACCAACGGAUUCUGCGCAUCUCCCGAUCAAUGUAGCUGCAAACAGGGCUACGGUGGAUCCGAAUGCCAGCCCAUUUGUCCAUUGGGUUGUGGAAAGAACGAGUUUUGCGAGCUGCCCUCGGUGUGCAGCUGCCAAAGUGGCUACCAUGGCGAAAAUUGCCUUCCCAUUUGCCCCGGUGGAUGUGGAGAUCAUAGCUUCUGUUCGGAGCCCGGUAAAUGCGAGUGCGAACCUUUUUAUAAAACACUGGGAAACGGGACAGACUGCCGGCCAGUUUGCUGGCCGGAAUGUGGUCAGAACUCGUCCUGCCAGGAGCCGAACUUGUGCACCUGCUUAGAUGGAUACCUGGAUGAUGGGCGGGGCAGUUGCGUUCCAAUCUGCCAGGAGGAAUGUGGCCCCAACAGCCGAUGCUUGAAGCCAGGGCUUUGCGAGUGUGAGGAUGGCUAUGCCGGCGACGAAAGGGGUGCCAAUUGCCAGCCCGUGUGCUCCAGUUGUCCGGAAAAUGGUAGCUGCUUGAGUCCCAGUGUCUGCACCUGCAAUCCGGGCUACGUGAUGAAAGACAAUCGCUGCGAGCCGCAUUGCGAGGAAGAUUGCUCGGAUUACGGACACUGCGUGGCGCCCAAUCGGUGCGAAUGCUACCCGGGUCACGAGGUGACCAAGGUAGACAUGAAAUGUGCUCCCAUGUGCACCAAGGGAUGUCCAAACGGCUUUUGCUUUUCCCCGGAAAAGUGUGUCUGUAACUUUGGCUACCUGAUGGGCCCGAAUAACACCUGUGAGCCACAGUGCAGCCUUAAUUGUGUCCACGGCCAAUGCACCCAUCCGGACACUUGUUCCUGUGAUCCGGGAUAUGAAUUAAUUGAGUUCUCCAAUCAUAUUUGCCAGGCUAUAUGCGAAAGCGGUUGCAAGAACGGUGAUUGCGUGGCACCAAAUGUAUGUAUAUGUCACGACGGAUACCAGCCUAACGACAGAAAUCCUUCCACAUCCGUUUGCAAGCCGCAGUGUGCCGAGGGCUGUGAAUUUGGGGAUUGCGUUGCCCCACACGAGUGCCAUUGUUGGCCGGACUACGAGAAAAUCAACGGGGUCUGUAAGCCUCAAGAAACGACUACCCAACCUACCGACACAACUUCGGAACCCAAUACCAUAACGGUCGAUCUUACGACAACUACAGAAACAGAUCUCACAUCACCCACCGAAGUCCUGCAAGUACAUCACUCAAAUUGCACUGGCGGUUGCAUGUGCUGGAUUGAGUACGAUGAGGAGGGUACUUUUAACACAGCCAAGUGCGCCAAGAUCUGUGUGGAUCCUGAAGACGAACCGUGUCUUAACUUGGAUAACUGUCACUGCGACCUACCGACUGGUCAGUUGGUCUGCAAAGAAGACAGUAGUGAGGAUAGUAGCUCAGAGGAAACACAUUAUAUCUGCAAAAUGCAGCAGUUGAAGAAGGCAAGAUCGGAAGCCGAGGUCAGGGUUCAGGAGAGCACUAAAUCUUCUACCAAAGUAAUGGUCAUCUUAAGCUCUUGUGCUGGAAUCAUCCUUGGUGCGGCCAUUGCAGUUAUAGCCACGAAGUACUAUCGCCGUUCUGCCUCCAGGCGAAGCUAUGAAGCCGACGAAGCCAUCUGUGAAAAUGAUUUUGAGUAGUUUCUUCUAUAUAGCUAGUUCAUCACUACACAUAUUAUAUAAUCAAGAAAAUUAUAAUUAUAAUAAACUAAGAUACCUGUACAGUACUUGAUAUUAAUAAAAAGUAUAGGAAACAUGCA